CUUCUCCGACACUUCCCCAAACUUGACAGGACUUCAGGCAGCGUUGCAGGAGGAAUGGCAGCAGAUCCCGCAGGCUAGCCUUGCACGACUGAUGGCUAGCAUGGGUCGGCGCUAUAGAGCCGUUAUUGCCUUAUUGUUACGACCCAACGAGGAUCCUAGCAGAGGCCUCUCUGCGAAAGACCCUUCUUCUGACGUCACUGUAGAAGAGCACGUGACACAUGGAUCUCGUGGACCGGCCUCACGAUUUAUUUCGUGUUGUAAAUCAUAUUCAGCAAUUGAAAGAUUCGUGGCUAACACCUGGACUUAUCCAGUAAGGAUUGUACAAAUUGAUAUCGACGAACUUGAUCCGGGAAUAAUUGAAAUAAUUGAUCUGACAGAUCCAAAAAUCGUGGACGUUUAUUUCAAUAAAGACAACGAAAGAGGGAGGAAUUUUGCCUCUUGGGCAGAGGAAGUAUUAGUUGUCGGUAGAAUUCCUCCAGAGUGCAUUUUUGAAAUUUUGGAAUAA